GACGGCGACGAUGCCCCAGUGAUCUGCCUGCUCCAGACCCGGGCCUCGCUUGACUUUCCUUCCAGGAAAGACUGUUCCCCUUGUGACCCUGCCGAGGAAAGAGACGCCGAUGGACUUACACCGGGCCGCCUUCAAGAUGGAAAACUCAUCCUACCUUCCCAACCCACUGGCAUCUCCGGCCCUGAUGGUCCUGGCCUCCACGGCGGAAGCCAGCCGGGACGCUUCCAUCCCCUGCCAACAGCCAAGACCUUUCGGAGUCCCGGUCUCGGUGGAUAAGGAUGUGCACAUCCCCUUUACCAAUGGCUCAUAUACUUUUGCCUCCAUGUAUCACCGGCAAGGCGGGGUGCCAGGGGCCUUUGCCAACCGUGACUUUCCCCCGUCUUUGCUGCACCUUCACCCCCAGUUUGCACCCCCCAACCUGGACUGCACGCCCAUAAGUAUGUUGAACCACAGCGGAGUGGGUGCUUUCCGUCCCUUUGCCUCCACGGAGGACAGGGAGAGCUACCAGUCAGCCUUCACGCCGGCCAAGCGCCUGAAAAACUGCCACGACACCGACUCGCCCCACCUGCGCUUCUCGGAUGCCGAUGGCAAGGAAUAUGAGUUUGGAGCCCAGCUGCCUUCCAGCUCCCCGGGCUCCCUCAAAGUCGAUGACACGGGGAAAAAGAUCUUUGCGGUCUCUGGCCUCAUUUCGGACCGGGAGACCUCGUCCAGUCCCGAGGACCGAAACGACAGAUAUAGAAGCGACAGCCAAAGAGGGCCACAACCGUCUGCCAGCUCCACCCACCGCUUGGUUUUAACUCUGCCCCUCUGCAAAAAGAAAGCCACCUUGUUCGACAGCCAGGCCCCCAUCUGCCCCAUCUGCCAGGUCCUGCUGCGCCCCGGCGAGCUGCAAGAGCACAUGGAGCAGGAGCUGGAGAAACUUGCACAGCUGAACAUCAGUAAGAACUCGCUGCUGAAGGAGCCCGUGGCGCCCGGCACCCCCAAGUCAAUUUUGUUGUCAGCCUCAAUCAAGCGGGAAGGGGACUCGCGAACAGCCUCGCCUCACUCCUCAGACGAUAUCCAUCACUCAGACAGAUACCAGACCUUCCUGCGCGUGCGAGCCAACAGGCAGACCCGGCUGAAUGCUCGGAUUGGGAAAAUGAAACGGAGGAAGCAAGACGAAGGGCAGGUAUGUCCCCUCUGCAGCCGGCCUCUGUCGGGAUCCGAGGAGGAGAUGAGUAGACAUGUGGAACAAUGCCUUGCAAAGAGAGAAGGCUCGUGCAUGACUGAGGAUGACUCCGUGGACAUCGAGAACGAGAACGGCAAUCGCUUUGAGGAAUAUGAGUGGUGCGGGCAGAAGAGGAUACGUGCUACCACCCUCCUGGAGGGGGGAUUCCGAGGCUCUGGGUUCAUUAUGUGCAGCGGCAAGGAGAACCCAGACAGCGACGCCGAUCUCGACGUGGACGGGGACGACACACUGGAAUACGGGAAACCACAGUACACGGAGGCCGAUAUCAUCCCGUGCACCGGGGAAGAGCCGGGCGAAGCCAAAGAGCGGGAGGCUCUCCGCGGCGCCGUCUUAAACGGCGGCACGCCCAGUACCCGAAUAACACCCGAGUUCUCCAAGUGGGCCAGCGAUGAAAUGCCCUCGACGAGUAACGGGGAGAGCAGUAAGCAGGAGGCUCUGCAAAAGACCUGUAAGAACAGCGACAUUGAGAAAAUUACAGAAGACUCGGCAGUGACGACGUUCGAAGCGCUAAAGGCUCGCGUCCGUGAGUUAGAAAGGCAGCUUUCCCGUGGAGACCGUUAUAAAUGUCUCAUUUGCAUGGACUCGUACACAAUGCCCCUGACUUCCAUUCAGUGCUGGCACGUGCACUGCGAGGAAUGCUGGCUGCGGACUCUGGUGAGGCACUUGGCUACUUCCUCGUGGGUUCCUAGACUUCUCCCCCUCCCGAUGCAUGCCCGUACCUCAGGGGAGAAGGCUCGUCCUUGAUAGGAAAUGGGCGAGGUGGGGGUCUGCGUUGACGGGGUACCCACCACCCCAGCCUGCUCGGAGUCGUGGGGUGGAACUGAGUGGCCCUGCUAACGAUUUACGAGCUGGCGGGAGGGUUCGGGCUAAGUUCCUGUCGCUUUCCAAAGGCAUUCCGCCCACCGUGCGGCUGCAGAAUUGGAUCCUAGCGUAGACGCACGUAGCUGGGAUCAGUUGCCCUGCGCCGCACGCAGCUUCUAGGAAACCCAAAGAAAAGCGUCUCUGUAAGAGAGACUGUAAUAGAUCACCUUUUUUCUUGAUACGGUUUUCUUCUCCUUUUCGGUCUACCUGAAACAGCGUUCUGCCAUGUUGAAAUAGAUUGGUUGGUUGCCUGGAAAAUCAGUAAAAUCGAUAGCUCUCAAUCCUUGGGAUUUGCCACCUUGUUAGUUUCACAGGGACACUGUUGUGUUUGUUUAAAAGUGGGGUCCUUUUCUUUCCAAACCCUGACUUUGCUUGGCUUUUGGUUUGUUUUUUAAAUCUGCUUUUAUUUUCCGCUGACCCCAACUUUUCCAUUUUGCUCGACGCGGACAGUGGGAAUUUUAAGCGAGUCGCUUGAACACAUUAGUGAGAUGCUCCAGGGUCGCACAUGGCAUGCGGGGGAUAGCACUCUUCGAAAAGCUGCUGCUGUUCAGUCCUGCAAAAUCUUAGCUUUCCAGAAUACACUGGAAAUUUGGAGCUUCAGCUAACCAGGCGAUGAUCCUUUAGAGACUGUCAUGCCUGCAGCAGUCGGUAUUAAUAGCGACCUUGGUAAUUGGCCUCUCCCUGGGCUGUAUUUUAUGGCUCUUCACAACACCCAGUCCCUGCUCAGCUUACGCAGGCCUUUUUAGGCAGUUAGCUGCACAUUGCAGACGCCGCGUAGCAGUAAGGUCUUUAGAUGCAUGUACGCGCCGUUGCCCUGGCUGAGCCUGGAUAUAAUCGAAUCCCUCCGUGCUGGCUGCAGUAGAGCGUUUCUAUCCCACGCUGGAUUUUACUUUCCCGUUCCCGUCGCCUGUCUUCUCCCCGCCGGCCUGGGAUGGUCUCUUGAGUCCACUGCCCCUCUUGGGAGCCCUUCUAAGGCUUGGCCAUGGCUUCUGUCCUGCGCGGAGAGACGUGUUCAGACGCAGUCUGGCCCCGCUCCACCCGCGGCUGUGGGGGGUAGAUGGGGACCGGGUUAGCCAUGUAGCCGCCACGCCCAGAGCAUGGCUCUGAGCACGCAGGAUGGCAGGGAACAUUCCAGCAGGACGUAGGGCGAGGUGCUGGCACUUGUGUGGGGGAAGCAAUUAAUAAGCGGCCGCUCAUCUGUUCCCCAGCCUUCCCCUCUCCCUGCAGCCGGCGGUUUAUUAAACCAGGGCCUUUCCCAAGGCACGCUCAGACUCUCCCCCUUCGCCCGAGUCUCCCAGCCUGCGUUCUCGCGUUUCUAACGUAACCAUUAAAAUGUAGCCCGAAGACAGCAAUAAAAACCCUGGAACGCCUUGGUGCUUUUGUGUCUUGAUCAAAGUCAAUGUGUGUAAUCUCGUUAAGACUGCCCCCCCCCUUUUAUUUUAUGAAUUUAAUGGCGUACAGCAGCUGGGCCCAAUGUUUAAUACUCGCCAACCUGCACUGUUCUAAUUAAGGUAUCUCCUUUUAUUUCGGGCACAAAAGAGACGUGUUUUCUUUAACAAGCAAGGAGCUGUUGGGUAGCGUGGAAUAAUUGCUGCUGUUACCUUUCCCUGGGUAGAGAGCCAGCUCCCCACGGGGGCGGCAAGGGAAGCGGCACACAUGGAAAGAUUGGG